AGUUGGGCUCCAGCUAUGGAGAAACUCCGUGGGCAUGUUUCUGCCCACCCAGACAUCCUCUCAUUGGAGAAUCGGUGCCUGGCCAUGCUCCCUGUCUUGCAGCCCUUGGAGAAAACAUAUGAAAAUAUGUCUGCUCACUCAGACAUCCUCUCCUUGAAGAGCCAGUGCCUGGUCACAGUUCUUGAUCUGAAGGCCAUGAAAAAACCACAUAGGCAUGUGUCUGCCCACCCAGAUAUCCUCUCCUUAGAGAACCGGUGUCUUGCUACCCUCCCCAGUGUAAAGAGUACUGAGUCUGCCAGCCCCUUGUUCCAGUGUCUCCAGAUACCUCACAUGAUGCAAACUGAUUUGUGCAGCCUGAACACCAGCAAUCCUCUGGUCUCCGAGCCUCCCAGCUGGAGUACUCAGGGUCUCUCUGAGGGACUAGACCUUCUGACUUGCCCCAAGGUCCUGAAAUCCAUCUCUGCUACAGAAAGAGUUCAGAAAGGAACUCUACAGAAAGAGUUCAGAAAGGGUCAUUGGUACUGUUCAGAAGAAGAGAAAAAGCGAGAGGAGAAGGAAGGGGCAGAAGCCCCAAUGCCUUUAUAUUGUCUAAGCUUGGGAGAGGAAGAAGAGGAACUGGCCCUGAAACUCACCUCUGAGGACUCUGAAUCUCAUCUGGAGCCCACUGACCAGGUCCUUCAGGAAAAAAAGAUGGCUCUCAUGAGCUUGCUGUGCUCUACUUUGGCCUCAAAUGUAAACGUAAAAGAUGCAUAUGACCCUACCCAGGUUUCCAUCCUUGAAGUCUGUACUGAACUUGCUCCCUUGGAGCCUGAGUUCAUCCUCAAGGCAGCUUUGUACGCCAGGCAGCAGCUGAAUAUCCGGGAUUUGGCCAAUAAAGUCGUGGCCAUUGCUGCCUUCUUGCCAGUGUGCCGCCCACACCUGCGACGAUAUUUCUGUGCCAUUGUUCACCUGCCUUCUGAUUGGAUCCAGGUAGCAGAGUUCUACCAGAGCCUGGCUGAAGGAGACCAGACAAAGCUGGUGCCCUUGCCUGCCUGCCUCCGUGCUGCUAUGACAGACAAAUUUGCACAGUUUGAUGAAUACCAGCUGGCUAAGUAUAAUCCACGAAAGCAUCGUGCCAAGAGACGCCCCAACCGUCCGCCCCGCCCUCCAAGGACAGAGCCUCUAUUUUCUGAGCAAAAGAGAUACUUUGCAAAGUCCCUUUGGCCUCUUGAAAGAGAACAGCUUGAGUUUGAGGCCACCUACAAUGCAGUGCCAGAGAAAAAGAAUCAGCCGAGGUUCACCUUGAAGAAGUUGGUACAGCGACUGCAUAUCCAUGAGCCUGCCCAGCAUGUUCAAGCCCUGCUGGGCUAUAGGUACCCUUCCAACCUACAGCUCUUUUCUCGGAGUGGCCUCCCUGGACCAUGGGAUUCUAGCAGAGCUGGGAAGCGGAUGAAGCUCUCUCGGCCAGAGACCUGGGAACGGGAGCUGAGCCUGCGGGGGAACAAAGCUUCCGUUUGGGAGGAACUCAUUGACAAUGGGAAGCUUCCUUUCAUGGCCAUGCUUCGGAACCUGUGCAACCUGCUGCGGGUUGGCAUCAGUGCCCGCCACCAUGGGCUCAUUCUCCAGAGACUCCAGCAUGAGAAGUCAGUGAUCAACAGUCGGCAGUUUCCAUUCAGAUUCCUUAAUGCCCAUGAUUCCAUUGAUAACCUUGAGGCUCAACUUAGAAAUAGAGCAUUGCCCUUUCCUUCCAAUAUAAACCUGAUGAGGCGGAUAAUGAUAAGAAAAUCAAAAAAGGUCAGGAGGCCUGCCAGUUGGAAGCAUCUUUGCAACCUAAGUCGUCGGGAGCUUCGAGCAGCAAUGAAAAUACCUGCGAUAUAUGAGCAACUCCAGAGGGAGAAGCUGAAAAUACUCAAGGCCAGACAAGGGAAUUAUGACUUGGAGAUUCUGGACCAGUAUCGACAGGCCCUGGAGGCAGCUGUGAACCUUUCUGUGAAGCACAGCCUUCCCCCGCUGCCAGGCCGCACCCUCUUGGUCUACUUGACAGACGCUGAUGCAGACAAGCUCUGUCCCAAGAGCAACAUACAAGGGCCCUCGCUGAACUAUGUGCUGCUGCUGAUUGGAAUGAUGAUGGCUCGGGCAGAGCACGUGGAUCUCUUGCUGUGUGGAAGAGGCACACUGAAGACUAUAGUGCUUAAGGCAGAAGAAGGUAUCCUGAAGACUGCCAUCAAGCUCCAGGCUCACGUCCAGGAGUUAGAGGAAAAGGAUGAAUGGCCCCUGCAUACUUUUGGGAAGUACCUACUGUCUUUGGCUGUCCAGAGGGUCUCUGUGGACAGGGUCAUCCUCUUUGGCCAAAGGAUGGAUGAGGAAAUGUUAAAUGCAGCCAAACAGCUUUUCUGGGAGCAUGUGAAUUCCAAGUGUCUCUUUGUUGGUGUCUGCCUAAGAAAAACACAAUACAUAUUACCAAGUUUGAAUCCCAAUGAUGUGACACUCGCAGGCUGUACUGAUGGGAUACUAAAGUUCAUUGCAGAGCAUGGGGCCUCCCGUCUUCUAGAGCAUGUGGGCCAAAUGGACAAAAUAUUCAAGAUUCCACCACCCUCAGGGAAGAGCCAGGUCCUGACUCUCCGGCCACUAGAAGAAGAUACCCUGCGUCCCUUGGCUCCUAUUUCCCAGCAUAGGUGGCGCAGCAUCCGGCUGUUCAUUUCAUCCACUUUCCGGGACAUGCAUGGAGAGCGUGACCUGCUGCUGAGGUCUGUACUGCCAGCACUACAGGCCCGAGCAGCCCCCCACCGCAUCAGCCUUCAUGGCAUAGACCUGCGCUGGGGCAUCACUGAGGAGGAGAGCCACAGGAACAGACAACUGGAAGUGUGCCUCGGAGAGGUGGAGAACUCGCAGCUGUUUGUGGGGAUCCUGGGCUCUCGCUAUGGCUACAUCCCCCCCAACUACAACCUCCCUGAUCAUCCUCACUUCUCCUGGGUGCAACAGUACCCUUCAGGGCGCUCUGUGACAGAGAUGGAGGUGAUGCAGUUUCUGAAUCGGAACCAACGCUUGCAGCCCUCUGCCCAAGCUCUUAUCUACUUUCGGGAUUCCAGUUUCCUCAGCUCUGUUCCAGAUGCCUGGAGACCUGACUUUAUUUCUGAGUCAAAAGAGGCUGCACAUCGCAUCUCAGAACUGAAGAGCUACCUGAGCAGACAGAAAGAGAUUACCUGCCGCAGAUAUUCCUGUGAAUGGGGGGGCGUAGCAGCUGGCCGGCCCUAUGUUGGGGGACUGGAGGAGUUUGGGCAGUUGGUUCUCCAGGAUGUGUGGAAUAUGAUCCAGAAUCUUUACCUACAGCCUGGGGCCCAGAUGGAACAGCCAGUCCCCAUCCCUGAUGAUGACUUGGUCCAGGCCACCUUUCAGCAGCAGCGGAACCCACCAAGUCCUGCCCGACUGCGCCUCCUUCAGGACACAGUGCGGCAGCUGAUGCAGCCCCAUGGGAGGCUGAGCCUGGUGACUGGGCAGUCAGGACAAGGAAAGACGACCUUCCUGGCAUCCCUUGUGUCAGCCAUGCAGGCUCCUGAUGGGGCCAAGGUGGCCCCCUUAGUCUUCUUCCAUUUUUCAGGGGCCCGCCCUGACCAGGGUCUUGCCCUCAAUUUGCUCAGACGCCUCUGUACAUAUCUACACAGAAAACUGCAAGAAUCCAGUGCCCUGCCCAGCACUUACCGAGGCCUGGUGUGGGAGCUGCAUCAGAGGCUGCUGCCCAAGGCUGCUCAGUGCCUGCAACCUGACCAGUCCCUGGUCUUGAUCAUUGAUGGGGCCGACAGGUUGGUGGACCAGAAUGGGCAUCAGAUCUCAGACUGGAUCCCAAAGUCCCUUCCCCGGUGGGUGCACCUUGUGCUGAGCAUGUCUAGUGACUCAGGUCUUGGGGAGACCCUUGAGCAGAGCCAAGGUGCUCACGUUGUGGCCCUGGGGCCUCUGGAGCCAUCUGCCCGGGCCCAGCUGGUGAGAGAGGAGCUGGUACUGUAUGGAAAGCGGCUGGAAGAGUCACCUUUUAACAACCAGAUGCGGCUGCUGCUGGUGAAGAGGGGGUCAGGUUUGCCACUCUACCUGCGCCUGGUCACUGAUCACCUGAGACUCUUUACAGUCUAUGAACAGGUGUCUGAGAGAUUGCGGACCCUGCCUGCAACUCUCCCCCUGCUGCUGCAGUACAUCCUGAGCACUCUGGAGCAAGAGCAUGGCCAUGAUGUCCUCCCCCAAGCCUUGGCCACCCUCGAAGUCACACGUAAUGGUCUGACUAUGGACCAGCUGCAUGCAGUGCUGAGUGCGUGGCAGAUUCUUCCCAGCAGGACUCAGAGCUGGGAAGAAGCAGUGGAUGCUGUUAACAAUGGAGACCCCUAUCCCAUGGGCCCCUUCGCUUACCUCAUCCAGAGUUUGCGCAGUUUGCUGGGAGAAGGCCCUCUGGAGCGCCCUGGUGCCCGCCUUUGCCUUCCUGAUGGGCCCCUGAGGACAGCAGCUAAACAUCGCUAUGGGAAGAGGCCAGGGCUGGAGAACACAGCACACAUCCUCAUUGCAGCUCAGCUUUGGAAAACCUGUGGUCCUGAUGCCUUAAGCACCUUCCAAAGUUGCCCUCCUGAGGCUCUGGGAGACCUGCCUUACCACCUGCUCCAUAGUGGGAACCAUGGCCUUCUUGCAGAGUUCCUCACUAGUCUCCAUGUGGUGGCCGCACACCUGGAAUUGGGUCUGAUCCCUCGGCUCUUGGAGGCUCAUGCUCUCUAUGCUUCUUCAGUCUCUGAAGAGGAACAAAUGGUCCCUGAGGCUAAUGUUGCCGUAUUCCGCACCUUCCUGCAGCAGCAGGCUCCAAUCCUCAGCCAAUACCCACUACUCCUGUACCAGCAGGCAGUCAACCAGCCUCUGGACUCACCUCUUUGCUGCCAGGCUCCUUUGCUGUCCCAGCGCUGGCACCUCCAGCGUACACUACAUUGGCUUAAUAAACCCCAGACCAUGGGGGAUCAGCAAAACUCCAGCUUGUCUCUGGCAGUUUCCUCAUCUCCUACUGCUGUGGCCUUCUCCCCCAGUGAGCAAAGAGCGGCUGUGGGAACUGCCAAUGGGACAGUUUACCUAUUGGACCUGAGAACUUGGCAGGAGGAGAAGUCUGUGGUGAGUGGCUGUGAUGGAAUCUCCUCUUGUGCAUUCCUCUCAGAGAGUGCCCUUUUCCUUACUGCCUUCGAUGGGCUACUGGAGCUCUGGGACCUGCAGCAUGGUUGUCGGGUGCUUCAGACCAAGGCUCACCAGUACCAAAUCACCGGCUGCUGCCUGAGCCCAGACCGCAGGCUGCUGGCUACUGUGUGCCUUGGAGGAUGCCUAAAGCUGUGGGACACAGUUCGUGGGAAACUGGCCUUUCGACACACCUGUCCCAAGUCCCUGAACUGUAUUGCCUUCCACCCUGAAGGGCAGGUAGUAGCCACAGGCAGCUGGGGUGGCAGCGUCAGCUUCUUCCGGGUGGAUGGCCUCCAAGUCAUCAAGGAACUGGGCGCCCCAGGAGCCUCUGUCCGGACAUUGGCCUUCAAUGUUCCUGGAAGGGUUGUGGCUGUUGGCCGGCUGGACAGGACAGUGGAGCUGUGGGCCUGGCAAGAUGGGGCACGACUGGCUGCCUUCUCCGCCCACUGUGGCUUUGUUGCUGCUGUGCUUUUCCUGAAUGCCAGGUGCCAGUUGCUGACAGCUGGAGAGGAUGGCAAGGUUCAAGUGUGGUCAGGGUCUCUGGGACAGCCUCGGGGAUGUCUGGGCUCUCUUCCUGUCUCUCCUGCCCUUUCUGUGGCUCUCAGCCCAGAUGGUGACCGGGUGGCUGUUGGGUACAGAGCAGAUGGCAUUAGGAUCUACAAAAUAUCUUCAGGUUCCCAGGGAGCUCAGUGUCAGGUGCUAGAUGUAGCAGUGUCUGCACUGGCCUGGCUAAGCUCCAAGGUGUUGGUGAGUGGUGCAGAAGACGGAUCCCUGCAGGGCUGGGUGCUCAACAAACACUCCCUCCAGUCCCUCUGGCUCCUGUCCAGAUCCCAGAAGCCUGUGCUGGGACUGGCCACCUCCCAGGAACUCUUGGCUGCUGCCUCAGAGGAUUUCACGGUGCGGCUGUGGUCGAGGCAGUUGCUGACACAGCCGCUUAAGGCAGAAGACUUUCCCUGUGACACUGAGCUCCUGGGACACCAGGGCCCUGUAAACUGCUGCAGCUUCAGCUCUGAUGGAGGCAGACUGGCCACUGGGGGCAGGGAUCGGAAUCUUCUCUGCUGGGACGUGAGGAUGCCCCAAACCCCUCUUCUGAUUCGCUCUUUCCCUGCCUGUCAUCGUGACUGGGUCACUGGAUGCUCCUGGACCAAAAACAACCUUCUGCUCUCCUGCUCCACGGAUGGCUCUGUGGGGCUCUGGGACCCAGAUUCGGGACAACAGCUUGGCCAGUUCCGAGGCCAUCAGAGUGCCGUGAGCGCUGUAGUGGCUGUGGAGGAACAUGUGGUGUCCGUGGGCCGGGAUGGGGCCUUGAAGGUGUGGGACCAUCAGGGCGUGGAGCUGACCAGCAUCCCUGCUCACUCAGGACCCAUCAGCCACUGUGCAGCUGCUCUGGAACCCUGCCCAGCUGGACAGCCUGGAUCAGAGCUUCUAGUGGUGACUGUUGGACUGGAUGGGGCCACACGGUUGUGGCAUCCUCUCUUGGUGUGCCAAAAACACACCCUUCUGGGACACAGUGGCCCGGUCAGUGCAGCUGCUGUUUCAGAGACCUCAGGCCUCUUGCUCACCUCCUCAGAGGAUGGUUCUGUGCGGCUCUGGCAGGUACCUAAAGAAACAGAUGAAAUAUACAGACCUAAGAGUUCUGCAGCCAUCACUGCUGUGGCCUGGGCACCAGAUGGUUCUGUGGCAGUGUCUGGCAAUCAAGUUGGGGAAUUAACUCUGUGGCAGGAAGCUAAGUCUGUGGCCACAGCACAGGCUCCAGGCCGUGUCAGUGCUCUGAUCUGGUACUCAGCACACACCUUCUUUGUCCUCAGUGCUGAUGAAAAGAUCAGUGAGUGGCAAGUGGAACUACAGAAGGAUUCAACAUCCAGAAAUUUCAGCUAUAGUCUUCACCUAAAACAAGUUCUGCAAGAUGUGGGGGUGCUGAUAGGGCUGGGCCUGGCCCCUGAUGGAUGUUCCCUCAUCUUGGCCAAAGCAGAUUUGGAAUUACUACACAUGAAGCCAGGGGAUGCUCCCUCUGUAAUAGGGAAAAAGUAUGCACGACAUCCUGUGAUAUUGUCCACUCACAAGGAGUAUGGUGUGUUUUUCCUGCAGCCAGGGAACCCUGGAUUUCUUUCUUUCUGGAAACAAAAGGAAUCAGGAGAGUUUGAAGAAAUCCCGGAUUUUGACUUGAAUUUAGAUAAUCCUAGUAGGACCCUGAUAACAAUAACUCAGGCCAAACCUGAAUCUGAGUCCUCAUUUUUGUGUGCCAGUUCUGAUGGGAUGCUGUGGAACCUGGCUGAAUGCACCCCUGAAGGAGAAUGGACCACAGGUCAUCUCUGGCAGAAAAAAGUAAAAAUGCCUAAAACCCAGACUCUAGAAACAGACUCAUCUGUGUGCUGUGAAUUAGAUACCAACAUGGAAUCCUGGCAGACAACCACACAUCUAAAGACACGGCAGCGUAGAAAGAUUCACUCAGGCUCUGUCACAGCCCUCCAUGUGCUGCCUGAAUUGCUGGUGACAGCUUCAAAGGAUAGAGAUGUUAAGCUGUGGGAGAGACCCAGUAUGCAACUGCUGGGCCUAUUCCGAUGUGAAGGGGCAGUGAGCUGCUUGGAACCUUGGCUGGGACCCAACUCUACCCUGCACCUUGCUGUGGGAGACACACAAGGCAACGUGUACUUUCUGUGUUGGGAAUGAAAGUGCACUACUCAUGGGAAGGAUGAUACCACUUGUGCUACAGAUGCAAAGCCUGAAGACACCAGUGGCUAUUUUCUUUUCUUUUUUGUUUCUUUUUAUUUUUGGUAUUGGGGAUUGAAUUCAGGAACACUUAACCACUAAGCCA